CGUACUUAAUCGCAGGGUAACCCUGGAGCUUCAAAAUCGAGCAACGCCGUUCUCUCUCUCUCUCUCUCUCUGCGCUACUGUUCUGGCCGAUCUACGCACGCACGCAAGGGAAAGAUAAAUCAAAGGAAGGAGAGGGCGCGAGGAUCGAUUUGGUUCCAUUUUUUGGACAUUGUUUUACCUUUGUCGUCUUUGAUAUAAUCUUGCGAUGAGGAGAAUGGAAGGAGAGGAGAACGGGGACAAGGUCGAUGGAGCCGCGGAUUCUCCGACGUCUGUCUUAGAAGAGGAGCAGGGGAUUUGCAAUGCCAAUGCCGUUGUGACUGCUUCCGAAGAGGAGGAGAAGCCCCAGAUCGGAGGUCAUGGAGAGAGCGUUGUGGCUGAAGAAGUCACGGCUCUGCCGCUGGAGUUUGAGGCAAAGAAUGGAGAUACCUCUCUCAUCACGGACGCCAUGGAGAAGGAAGAGGAGAAGUUACUGGACGCCCGGAUGAACGAAGCGAAGGUCAAGCAGGAAAUGUCUCGGGACAUUGACGACCAUGAGCUUCGCUUCAGCAAGUUGGAUGAGUUGCUGACCCAAACCCAGCUUUACUCGGAGUUUCUUCUUGAGAAGAUGGAUGACAUCACAUUCCACAAUAACUCAGAGAACACUGCUGAAGUAGAAGAUGAGGCUAAAGGGAAGAAAACAGGCCGAGGUAGAAAGAGGAAGCCAGCCUCACAAUACAACAAUAGGAAAGCCAAGACUGCAGUGCGAGCCAUGUUGACACGAUCUCAUGAAGCUAUGGCUCCUGAAGAUGCUGGCCUCACAGAGGAGGAUAAGGCUGAGAAAGAGCAAUCUGAGUUGGUGCCCUUGAUUACUGGAGGGAAAUUGAAGUCUUAUCAAAUAAAAGGCGUAAAAUGGCUGAUUUCUUUGUGGCAAAAUGGUCUCAAUGGGAUACUUGCAGAUCAAAUGGGUCUUGGCAAAACCAUUCAGACCAUUGGAUUUCUUGCACAUCUUAAAGGAAAAGGUUUGGAUGGUCCUUACAUGGUUAUUGCUCCCCUUUCUACUCUCUCAAAUUGGGUGAAUGAGGUUUCCAGGUUUGUUCCUUCUAUGACUGCUAUUAUAUAUCAUGGAUCAAAGAAGGAAAGGUUGGAUAUUAGAAGAAAACACAUGCCUAAGGAGAUUGGCCCUAAGUUUCCUCUCAUAAUUACUUCUUAUGAGGUUGCAAUGAAUGAUGCAAAAUUUCUAGCUCAAUAUAAAUGGAAAUAUGUUGUUGUUGAUGAGGGUCAUCGAUUAAAGAAUAGUAAAUGCAUUUUGUUGAGGGAAUUAAGGCGUCUGCCAAUUGAAAACAAGCUUCUUCUGACUGGAACACCCCUGCAAAAUAAUUUGGCUGAACUUUGGUCACUACUAAAUUUUAUCCUGCCUGAUAUUUUUGCAUCCAAUGAGGAGUUUGAGUCAUGGUUUGAUUUUUCUGGGAGGGCCAAUAGUGAGAGUCAGUUGGAAGAGAAUGAGGAAAAGAGAAGGGUUCAGGUGGUCACAAAGCUCCAUUCCAUACUACGCCCCUUUCUCCUACGAAGAAUGAAGGAAAAUGUAGAGCGGAUGCUUCCUCGCAAGAAGGAGAUAAUUUUAUACGCUAACAUGACUGAUCAUCAAAAACAUAUCCAGGAUCACUUAGUUGAUAAGACUUUUGGAAAUCAGUUGGAAAAGGAAGCAGAUAAUGUGACUUGGAUGUCCGGCAUGAAGGGUAAGCUGAACAAUUUGAUUAUUCAGCUUAGGAAGAACUGCAACCACCCUGAUCUCUUCGAAUCUGCAAUCAAUGGAUCGUAUUUUUAUCCACCGAUUGAACAACUAAUAGGACAGUGUGGCAAGUUUCAGUUGCUGGACAGAUUGUUGGGUUUGCUGCUUGCUCAGAAGCACAAAGUUCUUAUUUUCUCCCAGUGGACUAAAGUUUUGGACAUCAUUGACUAUUAUUUAAGUGAGAAAGGGCUUGAGGUUUGCAGAAUUGAUGGUCGUGUUAAGCUGGAUGAAAGAAAAAGGCAGAUAGAUGCAUUUAAUGAUUUAAACAGCAAUGUUAGUAUUUUUCUUCUCAGCACCCGAGCCGGUGGGCUGGGUAUAAACUUAACAGCUGCUGAUACCUGUAUCUUAUAUGACAGUGAUUGGAAUCCUCAAAUGGAUCUGCAGGCAAUGGAUCGAUGCCACAGGAUUGGGCAAACAAGGCCUGUUCAUGUGUAUAGGCUGGCAACAUCACACUCCGUAGAGGGACGGAUAAUUAAAAGAGCUUUUGGAAAAUUGAAGCUGGAGCAUGUGGUCAUUGCAAAAGGACAUUUCCAACUAGAGCGGAUGAAACCCAACACAUUAGAGGAAUCCGAACUGUUGGCACUGCUGCGAGAUGAAGAAGACCCCGAAGAUAAGCUGGUUCAAACAGACAUCACUGAUGAAGACCUAUUGAGAGUCUUGGAUCGCAGCGAUCUGACAGGUCCAGUGGAUGGUGAUGCAGCAUCUCGCAAUUCUCUUCCUCUUAAAGGACCUGGUUGGGAGGUGGUGAUACCCACCAAAAGCGGUGGCGGCGUGCUGUCUUCACUCAGCAGCUGAUUGGGGUGGAUGCAUCUUAGUGUUCUGGCUGGAACUUCACAUUUUGUUCGGUCAACUCUGCAGCUUGUGAGGCUGAUGGCCGACCACCGGACGGUUUUCGUCUUGGAACUUCCAUUCAAGAAAACUUAUUGGCAAAACAACAGCACGCAUGGCUUUGUAUUUUUCUUUUGGGAGGUCUUUCUUUUGUGCUGUUGCAAUUUUGCAGAUCACUAUGUGUAACAGCAAGCAGCAUUUAAGAUCUUACCGCUGGCUAUGCUACGCCCAAUCUAUAUAUGGAAACCUGAUGACCUGUAAAGUUAGUACAAAAAAUAUUUUAUUGGGCGUUUGAUACAAAUUGGUCCACGAUAACAAA